AGCCUUCCAGGAUUCAGUUUCCUGGGUCAGAGGUAGCUGCUGCUUGCUAGUGGUGCUGGAAGCGGCCCCCUCCUUCUGCUGCCCCCUCCGCCUCUUCCAUUGUGGACGUGAAGCCCGCGCUCGGCAGCUGCUGCUCUUUGGAUGAAGGGGGGCGGGCGGAGAGAGAGGAUUUCCAUUCAUAAUGCUCCACUAGGAGAUUUAGGUGAAGUGGGGGGAGGCGCGCGGAUGUAGGCAGCGUUUUCCAGACCUAAUUCAGCCAUUGAGCUCCGAGCCAAGGAGGGGAUUGAAUUAGCCGCACAAAAGGCUCGUCCCUUUCUAUCCACCCAUUUCUGGCCGCCACCGGACAGGGCGGUCCCGCCGCCGCGACUGACCCCGCCGCCUGAGCUGUGGCUUCAUUGAUUACAAGGUAAGCAGAAGUGCCAACAUGAGCCACAUGGAGGAGAAUUUUAGCCCUGAGGAGGCUAGAUCACAGCUUGUGACGAAACGUAAACUCCUUAAGAUGCUGAGCUUAAGUCCUGGGCGCAGCCAAGCAUGUGGAACUGAAGUGAGGGAGAAGAAAAUACCUUCAAUGACAUGGCCGGUGAAGCCAGUACAUACCGUCAAGAAGCGCAAAGUCUUUUUGGUACAUCGGGGUACCCAGACAGAAGAGAUCCCUGACAUUUGCAUUGAGUGCGGAAAGGUCUUCAUCCAGAACUCAAGCUUGAUUGACCCAUGGCCAGUCCAGCCUGAUGAUAAACCGCAUAAGUGCUCUGAAUGCGGGAAAAGCUUUGCUGUUCGUUCCAGCCUCAAUAGACACCAGAGAAUCCACACAGGGGAAAAACCUUACAUAUGUCUGGAUUGUGGCAAACGGUUCAAUGAUAAGUCCAACCUUACCCAGCACCAGCGAAUCCACACGGGAGAGAAGCCCUAUGAGUGCAUUGAUUGUGGCAAAAGCUACAGCCGCAGCUCACACAAGAAGAAGCAUCUGAAGGACACGGCUGAAGAGCAGCAGGAGGUUUGCGCCGAGGUGGAUGGAGCUGACAUCAGUGGCGUCGAUGAGAAACCCAAACCAAAACAGAAACCGGAGGUGCUGAAUACCUGUACAGAGUGCCUGCGGAGCUUCAACCACAAUGCUGACCUUAUAAAACACAUGCGCAUCCACACUGGGGAGAAACCAUACAAGUGCAACAUCUGUGAGAAAAGCUUCAAUGUUAGCUCCAACCUUUUUAGACACCAGAGAAUCCACACGGGUGAGAAGCCGUAUGUGUGCUCCGAGUGUGGGAAUUGCUUCACCGACAAAUCGACCCUGGUCCAGCACCACCGGAUCCAUACUGGGGAGAAACCUUAUGCAUGCCGGUUCUGCGGCAAGUGUUUCAGCCACAGCUCCCACCACAAGAGACACGAGAAGAUCCACAACAGAGAAAACCCCUUAUUUGCCUACCCUAUCCCAUUGUUUUAACAAGUUGCUCUCGCAGUGGGAGGGGGAAGAUAGGAAACUGUGUGCCUCGGGAAACCUUUUUUUUUAAGAGUGCAGGAACUGUUUUGAAGGAUUUCACCAGUCUGAUUUCAAACACCAUCAGAAGCAGUGGAGACUGGUGGCUCUGAUGUCAGUGGGGCAGUGAAUUCGCUCCGGGUUUUAGACUGAACUUUCAAGGAGCUGUCCAAGGUGCUGAAAGCUUCACUGGCCUGCAGACAUCAGAGCCACCAGCUUCCACUGAUCAGAAGGUUCAUCUCUGACUGGAACUACUGGAUAUCAAUGUGCAAGUUUAUAGAAUCUUCAGUAAAAUCCACAUGUUAUAUAGGCUACAAUGAAUGCUCAAAAUCUGGGGAAUUCUGGUGUGAAUGUUGAUAAUCCCAGAUAAAUUUUGUGAUUGUCUGAAAAUAGAUAUGCUUCCCUGCUUUUGGGAUAUAAACUGUUGAAAUGCUGACAGAUUUAUGUGGCUUUAAACAUUAACUGCUGUUAUGUUGGAUUGCCAACAUUCAGUAUUAACAAACAGGUUCCAGACAGGAGUUUUGUGAGUAUUUUGGGAAUAUUGUAUAUAACACAAGUACAGCCUUUGCCAGUGUGGUGCCUUCCAGAUGAUUGGACUACAACUCCCAUCAGCCGCAGCCAGCAUGCUGGGGUGGAUGUAAGUUGUAGUCCAUCUGGAAGCCACCAUGUUGCCGAAGGCUGCACUUUGGAUUUAUUAAAGGCACUAUAGAACUAUUUAUUGAUAUCCAGGAAUGGCACUGAACUAUCAGUGAACCUUUGGGGAGUUCCAUUAUUUUGGUUCACUGGGCCUCCCUUUUAGAGUCUGGCUCUUCUAACUACUUACACAAACCAGGCCGCAGGUCCUUUUGAAGAAAAGACUCCCAAUCUCUAUGCAAGGACUCUUGAGUGAUGGAGAAUCUGCCCUUAGGAGAUAGUACUAGUAGUAAAUUAACCUCAGUAGCCUUUUGCUUCAGGACUUCACUUUUUUGGAUGGUAGCUCUCAGCCACUGGAUCACAUUGUAUUAUUGUCUACUAAAUUAGGAGGCCCAACUUGGUAGGAAUCACAUGGAUUUCUGCAGAUGAUCAAUUUUCCAGUUGUCUCUUUGGUAAGCCUAAAUAGGUUUGAGUUCUCUUGAGACCUCGGUAAAAAACUUGGAACUGUGUUUUUCUGCUCUUUGCUGCUCUUUCUCAGUGGUGCAGCUAUGACGAAUGGACAUCCGGUGACAGAAGAGCCGUGUAAUUCUAUCGCAACAGGAAGACAAAUUGUGCUGUGGCACUUUUAAGAGACUGAGUGGUUUAUGGUGUCCUGUUACUAGGCAACAGACUCCCAUCAGAUGAUCCCACGGUGGACUGAAAAGGUGGAGGAGGUGUAUAUACGUGUGUGUGUAUGUAUAUAUUAUACUUAUAGAUAUAUUAUAUAGAUAUACAUCCACACACACACAGGUUGAAAACCAAAUUAAACAAGGUGAGAACUGAAAGUAGCACGGCAUGCCCAGAUUAGUGGACCACUAAACAUAUGAAUGCAAUACCUAGUGAAAGGGCAGAGGGGUUCCCUUUUGAAGUGAGCAAGCCGCCUGUAAUCCUUAUUCAAGCCUGAGAAAUCUUACCAGGUUUGUUGAUGGAUUCCGGUUCCUGUUUGGUUUUUAUGUAUUGCAGCACUAAGGACAGAGAUGGAGGGGUCCAGGGUGGCUGCAAUGUUCACCCAUUGGUUUCUGUAUGUUCCCAUUUGUCAAGUCCGGUUUAUGUCCAGAACGGCGUUCUCACUAGUACUAAUCCAGCUAGUGCUCCCUCCUAGCCAGUUUGGAGAAAAUGUUAUUUGAAUCUCGGCUCAGCCAUGGACCCAGUGGGCAGAGUCACUACCUCUGUGCCUCUGUUCCUCCUCUGUUGUUGUUGUUGUUUUUAAAGACACAAAAAACUGGAGAAUUUAAUGACCCUCCUUAACUGGGUAGUUGCGAUAAUUCAUUAUUGAAAAGCAGGCAAAUGUUGUUGUGAUCCAGCCUGUGCUUUAAAAACAGGGUGGGGGCUGUGAAUCUAGAUCUAACAGAGGUAGGCUGAUAUGAAACUGUAAAAGUAACACAGUGGGGAAAGUUUGGAAUUAGCUGUCCAUAGAAGACUGUUUGCUAUAUCUAAGUAAUUUUUUGUGGUUAGCUUUUAUCCUUUCUGUAGGUGACCCUUAAUUAAAAUGUUUGUUAUUUAAUCGAGUGUCUGAUAGGAAUCCUAACCUUUGACCUAUUGUAGCAGUUGAUUCUACAGGUUAAUUAAACACUUUGUACAAUUGCCUUUAUUUUUUGCCAUCUUGACUGAGAUGAAAAGGGACAGGUCCCUGUGUCCCCUAAUUCUAUAGAUACAGGGGGGGAAAACAAAACACCAUUUCUGGACCAUGCAUAAGUGCUGUAUUCUGUCUGGAUUCAUUUUUUGUUUCUGCUGUAUGCAUUUUUGUAUUCCAGAUGGAAAGUCUUGGUUAAUAUAGAGGCAUUAAGAAUA